AUGCGCUUUUUGGGUCGCGAACGCUAUGCGAAUGGCACCGUGGAGUUGAAAUACGAUUUUGGUGAUGAUAGAUUCUCGGUGUCCGCCGAGAGCUUCAGUGAUCCCAAUGGCGAUGGUGACUACAAGCAGUUGCCAAUGUUCGUUCCUCGUCAACCCAUCUGCAAGGCAAUGGAGUCCUACUGGAAGUACAUGGAAGCCUCUUUGAAGUACGGAGAGAACACUGAUUUUCCCGUCCACAUCCGACCAUGUCCCAUACCGAAGGGAAUAUAUUAUGUUAAAAAUGUAACCGCGCAAACGGACGAAUUGCCAGCCAUAAUGCCACGGGGCUUUCUCAAGGGCGUGGCCACCUUAUAUGACAAAGACAAAGUUGCCGGAACAGUUGAAGUUGUGGUCCAAAUUUAUGAUAGUUCUUAA